AUGGGUCAGUUGCUCCCGACCGCAAUGGCACACGAGGAGCACCAAUGUCUCAAGAAGACAAUAUUGGUUCUUUCCAUUUCUUCCUUGCAAGAAUAUCGACAUUUGGGCCCAUCUAUCGAACAGGCUACUAGGAAUACAGAAUCACGACUUCUCAUCAUUCUUGUUUCGCCGCUCUUUGAUCCAGAGAACGGGAUUGACCCUAUAGGAUCAUGGAAGGAGAUGGAGUCGUUCAUUUCGUUUGUUUAUAUGCGCGCAAGCACUGUCGCCAUUGCUCUCGAUCGCGUUCUCAUGAGUAUAGACGUUGUAUUGCAUCCUGGAAACGGCUCUUUGUUCAGUAAUAUUGAUGGAGAACACGCCACAAGAUGGGAGGGGGUCUAUGUUCGAGAAAACGACAUUACUACCCUGGAAGCGCUGCCCAAAUGGAUCUCCACGAUUCCCCAGCUACGGUUGCGGGCAGAAGGCUCAAGCCCAUAUCCAUCCUCUCCCAGUUCAUGGGAAAACUCGCACCGUCGACAUGGUGUCGUAGCGCUGGGAGGAACAUUUGAUCAUCUCCAUGCGGGCCACAAGAUUCUCCUGAGUAUGGCUGCCUGGAUCACCGCGAAGAAGAUCAUUGUAGGCGUUACAGACGACACUCUUCUGGGAAAAAAGUCGCACAGAGAAGUCUUAGAAUCGAUCGGAGCACGUCAAGAUGCCGUUCGAGCGUUUCUCCAGCUGUUUCGGCCACAGAUUGAGGCGGAGGUCGUCGCCAUCUCGGAUGUGUAUGGUCCUACGGCAACCGACGACGACAUACAGGCUCUGGUUGUGUCCAAAGAGACAAUAUCGGGCGGCCAGUCGAUCGCAAAACUCCGGGAUGAACGGGGUCUCCCCUCGCUAGAGACAUUUGUCAUUAACGUUAUCUCGGACGACGGCGGGGGUGGGCUGAUAGGCGAAGAGGAUGCGGAGAGGCUGAGGACGGCCAAGAUGAGCAGCACGUAUAUCCGGCGCUGGAUUGCAACACAGACAGCACCGAGGCCAACUCCGACCUAUGCAUGA